GCGCGCACAGCAGACGCGCGCAAGGGCGAGGAGCGGCUCCAAAGCCAGCCCCCCUCCCGGCUCAGCAACUCCCUUCGCCGCUCUCGCUCUUCCUCGCCGCCGCUGCUCCCCUCUUUGUUGCGAAAGCCGGGGUGGGGGGGAAGCGAGCUGCCAUGUCCUCCCCCAAGAAAGGCUUCUACCGCCAGGAGAUCACCAAGACGGUCUGGGAGGUGAGAGAGCGCUACCGGGAGCUGCAGUCGGUGGGAUCGGGAGCCUACGGCGCCGUCUGCUCAGCUAUUGACAGGAAAAGUGGAACCAAAGUAGCUAUCAAGAAGUUGUACCGUCCGUUUCAAUCUGAGCUUUUUGCCAAACGAGCCUACCGGGAAUUGCGUCUCCUGAAACACAUGAAGCACGAAAACGUAAUUGGACUACUAGAUGUCUUCACACCUGAUGUAGCACUCGAUAAAUUUAAUGACUUCUACCUUGUCAUGCCAUUUAUGGGAACAGACUUGAGUAAAAUAAUGAAGCAUGAAAAACUAACUGAAGAUAGGAUCCAGUUUCUGGUCUAUCAAAUGUUAAAGGGUCUAAAGUAUAUCCAUUCUUCAGGCAUAAUUCAUAGGGACUUGAAACCUGGAAACCUAGCAGUAAAUGAAGAUUGUGAACUGAAGAUUCUGGAUUUUGGGCUAGCAAGACAUACAGAUAGUGAGAUGACUGGCUAUGUGGUUACCAGAUGGUACAGAGCCCCGGAGGUUAUACUUAAUUGGAUGCAUUAUACACAAACAGUUGACAUCUGGUCAGUUGGCUGUAUAAUGGCCGAGAUGAUAACAGGCAGGCCGCUCUUCAAAGGCAAUGAUCAUCUGGACCAGCUCACAGAAAUUAUGAAAAUAACAGGCACACCAACUCAAGAUUUUGUUCAGAAACUACAAAGCCAAGACGCAAAGAAUUAUAUCAAAAGCCUUCCGAAAGUGCAGAAAAAAGACUUUGCCGCCGUCUUGAAGUAUGCAAAUCCUUUAGCAGUAAACCUCUUGGAGAAGAUGCUGGUGUUAGAUGCAGAGAAGAGAAUAACAGCUGCAGAAGCUUUAGCACAUCCUUACUUUGAGGCCAUUCAUGAUUCUGAAGAGGAAAACCAAGCAGAGAAAUAUGAUGACACUUUUGACAACAUGGAUCUGCCCCUGGAUGAAUGGAAGUGUAUCACAUAUAAAGAAGUGAUAAAUUUUAAGCCUCCACAGUUGCCUGAGUCAAAAGAAACAGCGGUGUAACCACAAGGACCAAGUUGCUCAGAAAUCAAGUGAAGGAAAGAGAGUGUAAAUUUUUUUUUUUAAAAAAAAUAUAAUUUAAUUGUACAAACCUUUUAUAAAUAAACUGGAUGUAAUCUGUUUAACCAGCAUUCUAAGGCAUAUUUCUCUUGAGUUUUAGCUUGGAAGCGGGUGCCAUUAAAAGUAGUAUAUCAUGA